AUGGCUGAGAUCCGCCGCAAGCUUGUCAUCGUCGGCGAUGGUGCCUGCGGUAAAACCUGCUUGUUGAUCGUCUUUUCGAAGGGCACCUUCCCCGAGGUCUACGUCCCCACCGUCUUCGAGAACUAUGUCGCCGACGUCGAGGUCGACGGCAAGCACGUCGAGCUGGCCUUGUGGGAUACGGCUGGCCAAGAAGACUACGAUCGCCUCCGUCCCCUCUCGUACCCCGACUCUCACGUCAUUCUGAUUUGCUUUGCCAUCGACUCGCCCGACUCUCUCGACAACGUUCAGGAGAAGUGGAUUUCCGAGGUCCUCCACUUUUGCCAGGGCUUGCCCAUCAUCCUGGUCGGUUGCAAGAAGGACCUGCGAUACGACCAGAAGACGAGCGAUGAGCUGCGCAAGACCAGCCAGAAGCCCGUCACCCCCGAGGAGGGCGAGGAGAUUCGCAAGAAGAUUGGCGCCUACAAGUACCUGGAGUGCUCGGCCAAGACCAACGAAGGCGUCCGCGAGGUGUUCGAGCACGCCACCCGCGCUGCCCUGCUGUCCCGCAGCAGCCGCAAGAGCAGCCACAAGAAAUGCCUUGUUCUGUAA